AUGACAUACAAUAAACGCAAGGCCAAUAUGUCCUUAAGUGAUUCAAUUGUAGGAAACGAGAAUUCCCAAGGCUUUCUAGGGAGUUUUGACCACGGACUCAAGAACCGAUACUCGAGCAAAAAAAGUGACUCUCUGUUCACACGUCGUGACAGUGAGUAUAAAGGUAUUAAGGAUUCUCUGCUGUUGUAUGAAGACCAAUCAUUUGAAUUAGGAAAUGCUAAAGCUGCUAACUUUCAACGUAGGCGCAUGAGUGGUGCGAAAGAUUAUUCUGAUACAGAGAGCAUAUAUGAUAAUUUUGCUCGAGGGAAGCAUGUGUGGUAUCAUGAUAACAGCGCAAGCAGAAGUUUAAAUGUCCCGUCUGAAAACCCUACUCCUAAUUCUUUCAAUAUUCGAGAGGUGAUAGAGAAUGCGGCACAUUCCAUAGCUAACAGCAGGAAAGCUUGCUUAGGAAUAAAGGAAAGACUAUCUAAGUAUAGCUCUCCCAAUUUUGUUCGUAUUCCAGGUAGUUUUUUCGAGGAUCAGACCAGAAAGACAGCAGAGAGUAAUUCUUAUAUUGACGACCGAGCAGAUUCAAGUGGCAAUGAAGUCAAAUUGAAGACUUCUGAACCUGUAGUCUAUUUGUCAAGGUUUUUGCUUGCUCCAGUCACAAUAAAAAUAGUCUACUUUUUGCUUGCCCACUGUGCAACCGCUGAAAGCAAAGUUUACUCUUUUACCGAUACCUGUUCAAUGAUUGUUGAUGCGGAGCGUUCCGGAUUCACACUAUCUCAACUGGAUACUCUGGUCCUUCAGAUCACAGAAAUUUGGUUCCUAAUUAAAACGAUGCCUAUCCUCAUCAAGAUACCUUGGAGAUUAUACAAAGUUACAGGAGAGUAUCGCGCUUGCUCAAUUAUUGGUGACGAUAUUUAUGAACUACGCAAUGAUGCUGCCUUCUGUGAGUUUAUCAAGCUGUGCAAACGUCAUGAGGGACUGGGCUAUCGGCUUCACAGAACGAGUUGGAUUAUACUUUUGGUCUCCCCCAUUUUGUUGACAUUAGGUCCCUUACUUGGACAUACGUUGACUUUCAAGCUCGCCAUGUAUAAUCCCACAAUCAACGCGCGAUGGCCGGUUUAUUCGUCAUUCAUGGCAUUGGUGUUCUCGCCGUCUCAAUUCGCCUUGCUUACUUGGUGUUUAUGGUGUCAGUAUUUCAAAGAUGCAUUCGAACACUUAGAGAAAUAUGUGGUCAACCAGCACCAGACUUUUGUAAGAGAAACAGAAUUCAUUGCCGAUCACAUUGACCAAUCAGGACAAACAGGAAUAGAAGAUUUAGAUGGCGGAACCAAACAGUCCGAAAUACCCAAGCAACCGCCUAUAUCUCUAAAAAAAACCAUAAUACCUGAUCAAAACCUUGAAGACACACACCCCGUCGAUAGCCCUAGCUCAAAUAUUAAACUUCCUUCAUUUGCGAUGGCUGCAUACGAAAGCCCUCUAAAAGGCAAAAAAAAACUAGAAACGCCUCUCCCAACUAUUCAACCGGUCUCACCUCUCGCUAACAAAUUCCCACAUAUUGAAGAAAAUUUCACAUCACCACGCUCAUCAAGCUACAUUGGACUCGUUGUUAAGAUACCAUUUUACAUUUUGUCGCUCCAAUACAGAAUUUGUCGCUUUGGUUUCAAAAUUGGAGUAUAUUUUCUCUUUCUCUGCUACUGGAUUUUACUUGGGCGGCGUCACAUAUCAAGAUCUGAUGUCACGACGUAA